AUGGCGAAGCUCGCAGUUCUCGGCCCUCAGGUCCUCCAGUUCCUCCUCGCCCUAACUGUUCUGGGCCUAGCGGCACAUUUUGUCCGGAUUUGGGUUAUUGGCUCGGCCCCAGUCACUAUCCGCUACACAGUCUUUGUCGGCGCUUUUGGUAUGUUUGUGGCCAUAGUGGGAGCCGCAGUACUGCUCUUCGCCUCCGAAUCCGCCUCAUCGAUUGUUCAACUUGGGCCUGUCCUCUUGGAUGCCAUCUUUGCGAUUUUGGCCCUUGCCGCCGGCAUCGCAUGGGCAAUCGGCCUAGGAGGUGGCCUAGAAAACUGCAAGCAUGGCGGGAACAUGCUCAAGAAUAACCUCCUCAACCAGGGCUCGCGGGGGUCUGGAAAAAAUAAAGUGUAUGGCGUGUUCAAGGGCACGAACGACGAGGAGAAAGUUUAUCAUCGGCUGCAGGGCAACUGUCGGCGGGCGCGGGCUGACGAGGCGCUGCUGUUCAUUUCGACGGCUAUUUCGUUGGGGUUCGUCGUUUAUGGGUUUUUGAAGGCUCGAAAAGCGUCUGGAGGGCUCGUGUCGUUCCAGUUGGGGAAGCUGGGCAGGAGGACGUAUGUCUACCUUGAGCAGACAGUGUUACGGGUUAUGGGUUUAUGA